UCGGGCUGGGAAGAUUUGCUGGCCCCAACUCGGAGGUACCGCGCAUUUGGAAAGCCGGCGCCCCGAACGAGUGGUUUUGUGAACUCCCCACCGCUACCUAAGGCAUUUAUUUGUGUGAAGCCCCGCGGGGACUGCUACUAUAUGGACCGGGUUACGUGCACCCAGGUAGAAGGAAAGGAAUAGGAAAUCAAAUCAGGCAACGAGAGUCCGGGUGAUCGAGGAACAGCAGCGGCCAUCAGCAGCAUGAGCGUAUGCUCUUGGCCCUGUUGUGACCUCGAGGGAUCUAUGUCGUGAAUGGAACCCGUCCAGACGCCCUCCGAUUGCGACCACACCGCUGGGACGUCGCGCUCUCUGCUGAUGCAGCGACCCAUCACUUCACGCUCUAGCCUGGAGAGCCUGCCUGUGGAAAUUAUUCAGAAAAUCUUCUUGGAGUGUCUGGAGAUCAGCCUGCCACGAGCUUCACUUUUCAUCGCGCGCUCCCUCUCCGACCCGCUGAUAUAUGCCUGGCUAGUCCGUCUAGCCUUCAGCAGCGCCAAUGACAGUUCCCGCCAUGGGUUCUUCACGCCGGACUUCCUGCCUCCGCCGUUGGACUUCUUUGCCCUGUCCCCGGAGGAGCGCAGUGUCCUCCAGACGCGACUUCUGCAAUGCCGCUGGUGCACCGUGGAGCUGAUGCGCAGAUGCCAAAGGGACUAUGUUGAACAUGUAAUCCGCCGCAAAUGUCAGCAGCUGAUCUUCAGCUCCCAGGAUCGCGAAUUUCUCUCCAAUCUGGAUAGCUACUUCUUGCGGCGGGCGCAGUAUGACCGCGGCCGUAACGGCCGUCGGGGUAAGGGAGACAUUAUUCUCAAUGCCAAAGAUCCCGAGUCCCAGAGAGAUCUCAAAGUUGCCAUUUGGUUCAACUUUGGGGCAGUACAGAUCCGAGAACCCAGUCCGGUCUUCUACGAGACCGACAUGUUUCGUCUCCCUGCCUGCUCUGUUGACGCGCCCGCCCGAAUGCCGGACAAGCUCCUUCAUCCCCCAUGGACAGGGGCUAAGCUGGAGUUCCUGUCCUUAUUAUCCCUGGAAGCCUACAUUGACGAAGAUAGCAGCUGCCAUCGCUCCAAGCGCGUGAUCCGCCAGGCAAUCCACGCCAGGGACUUCAACACCUUUGAGAAUCUCCUUGGCAUGUACAUACGGGUCAAGAACUACAACUACCCGCUCCGUUGGCCGGCGCGUCCUAGCCAUUUCCGUGCUGCAUUGAAAUAUGCUCGUGGCCCGAACGAUCCAUUUGUCAGGUACCUCGUGCAGAAUCGCUGGCACGAGUUGCCGCCUCACGAUAUACGAACUAAAAACGACCUGAUGGUAAAUUUGGGGAUGGGAGAGGGUUCUUAACGCCGCAACAUAGAACUUGAUGAGCCCUCCUCUGGAUGGAUGCGCGGACUGACUGCUUGAUACGCUGUGACGAGCCGGUCAUGGGAUUCUAUCCUAUCAUCGCUUUUUCAUCUAUCGAAAGCUUGGUCUGUCUCUGCUUUACCUCAGAAUAAGGAAGUUCGAAACGAGCAUUGACAGAAAAAAUAAGUCAACUAAGAAAGGGGAGGAGAGAAUGAAGACUACAUUUUAUAGAUAGAUACCAUUACAUGCAUAUUACUAGCAGUGGGAAAACACUCAGCGCGACCACGUAGCGUACUUGCGCGACAAAAAUGAAAAAGAAUUCGAACUCAUUUCUUAGGAUCUAGGAAAUUAAACUAAAGUAAAC